CUGGCGCUCAGUCAUCGCGGCAGGGAGGCCCUGAGAGCAGUGGGUCUGGAGGACGAGGUGCUCUCAACAGCCAUUCCCAUGCGAGCUCGAAUGAUUCACCCACUGAGCGGGAACCAGUACUCUAUUCCCUACGGGACCAAAAGAGACGACUGCAUCUAUUCUGUGAACAGACGAGCCCUCAACGAGCUACUCCUGACCAAGGCAGAGGAGAGCCCUAACAUUUCCAUUCAUUUCGAGAGCCGACUCCUACAGGCUGACCUCGAAACAAACACACUGGUUUUUAGCGAUGGAGCCACGGGAAAGAAGACGGUUCAGACUGAGUUUGUUUUCGGGUGCGAUGGAGCCCACUCGACAGUUCGUAGACAGAUGAUGAGGUGGGGCCGACUCAAUUAUCAGCAGGAGUACAUCCAGCACGGCUACAGGGAACUCACCAUGCCUCCUAUGGAACCAAACUUCAUCCACAUCUGGCCACAUCACGAGUUCAUGAUGAUCACUCUUCCCAAUCACGAUAAGUCGUUCACCCUCACCCUCCUCAUGCCUUGCAGUCUGUUUGAGUCGGUUCGAAAUGAAGAUAGCCUCCUCACGUUGUUUCAAGCCCAUUUUCCCGAUAGCAUCAAUAAGAUUGGAGCGUCUCUAUAA